AUGUCAGAUAAUGAAAAACAACCAACAGAAAAUUUAUCACCAAUUUCAUCGGUGGGUACUUUACAUGAUGUCGCUUUAUAUGAAUUAAAAGAUGAAGUUUUAAAUAAGAAAAUGAAAUUGAUAAAUGAUGCUAUUGAUGAAAUUGGAUUUACUCCAUAUCAUUUAAAAUUAUUUUUUCUUAAUGGGAUGGGUUAUUGGACUGAUACGCAAUUAACAUAUUUAGAGAGUUCAGUUCGUACAUUUAUAAAUUAUCAAUUUGGUUAUACAUAUCCUGUUUCAAAUGAAUUAUUAGCAGCUGGUUUGUUAGUUGGUGCAUUAACAUGGGGAUUUUCUGCUGAUUUUAUUGGUAGAAGAAUUGCAUUUAAUUGUAGUUUAAUGUUGAGUGCUAUAUUCACUAUUAUAACAGGUACUAUGAAUAAUAUGGCUUCUUAUUGUAUAUUUGUUUUUCUUAGUUGUUGGGCUGCUGGUGGUAAUUUAGUUUUAGAUACUUGUGUUUUUUUAGAAUAUCUUCCACAUAAAGAUCAAUGGUUGUUGACUUUUUUUGCCUUCUUUUGGGGUAUUGGAUCUACAAUUGCAACUGCAUUAGCUUUUGCUUUCUUACCAAAUAAUUCAUGUUCAGGUUAUGAUAAUUGUCCUUCUCAUGAAAAUAGAGGUUGGAGAUAUGUUUAUUAUACAAAUGGUUGUAUUGUUUUAGCAAUGGCAAUACUUAGAGUUACUGUUAUAAGAUUAAAAGAGACUCCGAAAUUUUUAGUCUCUAAUAAUAGAGAUGCUGAAGCUGUUGAAAUUUUACAAGAUAUUGCAACAAAAUAUAAUAGACCAUGUUCUUUGACAUUAGAAGAAUUACAAGCAUUGGGUGAAAUUGAAAUUAAUGAUGAUUAUAGAAAACACUUUAAUUUGAAAGGGCUUUGGAAAUUAAUCAAGCUGCAUUUGAAAGUUUUAUUCACCGGGAGAAAAAUGAUUAGAUCAACAACCGUUAUAUUCCUCAUGUGGUUAUUUUUAGGUAUCUCAUGGCCGUUAUAUUCAUCUUUCUUACCUGUUUAUCUAGCAACUAGAGGUGCCAAUAUUUCUGCUCCUGAUACAUAUGGAGUUUAUAGAGACAACUUAAUUUCAAAUUGUGUUUCCAUGGCUGGUCCAAUGAUUGCUGGUGGUAUGUUAUAUUUCUUUCCAUUCUUAGGUAGAAGAGGUGUUUUAUGUAUUGGUGGAUUGAUGUCCAUGGCAUUUUUAUUUGGUUAUACUCAAAUUAAAACUCGUCCUCAAAAUGUUGCUUUAUCAUCGAUAUCAUUUGCUUCAAUGUAUAUAUUUUAUCUGCUGUUAUAUGCGUAAGUGAAUAGCAAAGGGUAUAAAUAACUCCGGUGAAUCAUGGCAAAGUUGUCUUUCAAGUAUGAGUGGAAUAUUGCGGUUCCCUCGGUGUUGUUUAUCAUUACUAAUUUAAUUGUUCGUUACUAACUUGUUAUUUUUAGUUAUACCCCAGAAGCAUUCCCGUCGGUGGCUAGAGGAACUGGAAAUGCAUUGGCAGUCGCAUGUACUCGAGUAAUGACGUUGAUCGUACCUGUGAUUGCAUAUUAUUCAGACACUUCAUCAGCAGUUCCCAUAUGGAUAUGUGGUAGCUUUGUGGCUGUCAACGGGUUGUUAGCUCUUUGCUUACCUUUUGAACCUUCAAAAAAUAGGGUUGUUUAG